AUGUGGAAUAACAUAAUCAACAAAUAUUUCCUUGAUAAUGGGUAUUUGAGGUGCCCUUAUGAACAUUCUCUUUAUAUUAAGGUUAAUGGUCAUGGAGAUAUUUUGGUAGUUUGUUUGUACGUGGAUGACUUAAUUUUUACAGGAAAUUGUACAAGUAUGUUUAAAGAUCUCAAGAACACGAUGACCCAAGAAUUCGAAAUGACAGAUAUAGGGCUAAUGUCAUAUUAUCUUAGCAUUGAAGUGAAGCAGUCAGAGGAAGGAAUUUUCAUCUCUCAAGAACGAUAUACUAGAGAAAUUCUAGAGAAGUUUAAUAUGAUGAAUUCUAAGUCUGUCGCAACUCCGAUUGAAACUGGGACCAAACUGUCCAAACAUGAAGAAGGAGAUGAUGUUGAACUUUCAUAUUUCAAAAGUUUGGUUAGGAGUUUGAGAUAUUUGACUUGCACACAACCAGAUAUUCUUUUCAGAGUUGGAUUGGUGAGUCUAUUUAUGGAAUCUCCUACAACUACUCAUUGGAAAGUGGCAAAGAGAAUUCUUCGUUACCUUAGAGGUACGCUUGACUAUGGGUUGUUUUAUUCUUCAUCUAAAGAAUUCAAGCUUGAAGGCUAUUGUGAUAGUGACUGGGCUGGAGAUACUGAUGAUCGAAAGAGCACUAGUCAAUAUGUUUUCUUCGUUGGGAAUACUGCAUUUACAUGGAGUUCUAAGAAGCAACCUAUUGUGACAUUAUCCACUUGUGAGGCAUAA